AUGAAGAGAGAAGUACCUACCACGAUCGACUCAACUGAUCUCAUCCUCGAGAUACUCUCGAGAACGUCAGCGAAAUCGAUUUCAAGGUUUCGUCGCUCCUCCAAAUUCUGGGCGUCAAUACUUCGCCAUCAAUAUUUCACCGAGUUGUUCCUAACCAGAUCAUCCACUCGACCACGUCUCUUAGUCUCCCUUGAAAAAUCCGGUGACUUAAUCUUCUGCUCAUCUCCUCAGUUUCAGAAUCCUGAAGAUUCAUCUCUUGUAUUAACCGCUGAGUUUAAUAUAAGUUUCCCUGCAGAUUGGUGCUUACAAAAUUGUUGUGCAGUCUCUGGAUUGAUCUAUUGCCCUAAUUCACCAAAAUCAGUUGAUAGAUUACCUGUGAUAUGUAAACCUAGCACAGGACAACAAGUUAGUUUACCAAAAGCGAAAAAGACGAAGGAAUUUGUGCAUAACUUUUUCGGGUAUGAUCCGAUUCUUAAACAAUUGAAGGUAAUGGUCAUGAGCCGUGAUAAAGACGUCGUAGCCAGUGGAGGUCGCCGAGUAGUAGGUUCCGUUGUGGUGAUAGCUUGCUUUGAUUUUAGGUCUGAGAAGAAAUUCAGUUUGAUUCCGGAAGUUAAUGGUGUUACACUUUGGUCAAGGCCUAGUGUUUUGGUUAAUUUCAAAGAGGAUGUCAAGAAAGCGGAAUUCUCGAAACGUGUCUACAAUUUGCCGGAAUUGUGGGAGAAUCGAAAUGUUAAUGCCUCAGUUUCUGUUGCUGGAGUGACUUCUACGGGUGAAAUUGUUUUGUCGAUGGAGUAUACAUCUAACCCGUUUUAUGUUUUCUACUAUAAUCUUGAUAGCUACACUCUUCACAGAGUUGAAAUACAAGGAAUUGAAGCGUUUGGGAGUUAUAGAGUUCGCGCCUUUGUAGACCAUGUUGAAGAUUUAAAAUUUCUAACAUCGAGCUAG